AUGCUGGCCUCGGAGAGCAAUUUCACGACUUGGGCCAAUAACUGGACAACGCUGCUGCACCAGGUGUCUUGCAACGACACUCUUUUGGGUUGCGUCGAAGAGUGCGACAUCGUUUCCGCUGGAUUCGAUCAUCUAUGCACAGCGUUCGAGAGAGGAACAUUCACCGCUUCUUCGAUGACGCUUUUUUGUACACCUUGUGAUUAUGCGAGUUGUAACGUCAACGUGUCCUUACUCCUGAAUGGCCUCGAGAGCAUUGAGGGCGUCUUUCUAUCUAGGAUAUCACCAAGGAAUUGUAAUGCCACAUCCAUCGAGGAGGAAAUUUUGGAAUGUUCGUCCAUCGGGAGUAUCGCAGAGGAUCUGGUCAUGUCUUGCUCGCACCGAUCCAGGAUCAAUACGGGAAUAAAGACACGUCGAUUUGAUUGGAGCUUUUUAUUCGUGGCAGUGUUCAUAGUCGCCGGGGGAUUGGGAAAUAUACUGGUUUGUCUAGCAGUGGGCCUGGACAAGAAACUCCACAAUGUGACGAACUACUUCCUACUAUCGCUAGCUGUGGCUGAUCUCCUUGUCAGCCUUUUCGUAAUGCCUCUGGGUGCCAUACCUGGUUUUCUGGGGUAUUGGCCAUUCGGCGUGGUGUGGUGCAACGUAUACGUGACAUGCGACGUGCUGGCGUGCUCGGCGAGUAUAAUGCACAUGUGCUUCAUCUCCCUGGGCCGUUACCUGGGUAUUCGUAAUCCGCUCAGAACACGUCACACAUCCACAAAACGAAUGGUGGGUUUCAAGAUCGCCGCGGUCUGGCUAUUGGCUAUGCUAGUCUCCAGCUCCAUCACGGUGUUAGGCGUAAUUAAUCCCUCUAACAUCAUGCCACGCCCGGGAGUGUGCGUCAUUAAUAAUCGGGCAUUCUUCGUAUUCGGCUCCCUGAUCGCCUUCUACAUUCCUAUGAUCGUCAUGGUGGCGACUUACAUUCUGACAGUACAACUAUUGCGCAAGAAAGCUCGAUUUGCAGCCGAAAAUUUGGAGGGCGAUCAAUUUCGUCGACUAGGCGGCAGAUAUGCGUCUGCAAAAACGACAUCAUCGACAGCGUCAUCGUCUAACUCCGUAACCGCAACCACCACCGUACGAUCGUCAGCCUUAGCAAGACAGAUUCGCACUUCCGAUUGUACUGCAGAAAGUAAAAGCAACAAAUGCGGAGAUGUGAGAAAGGUUCUGCCGCAUAUGAAGUUAGUAGUGAACGACGCCGAAAGUCCCGCCGCAGGACCUCGGCUCAAGUUGAAAGUGGAUCAGGCGACCCAAACGCCGGAGAACAUUGCACGCGAAACACGGAAUUUCACCCUCAGGGCCUUGAAACUACAAUUGAACGUUACGCCGACCACGCUAAAUCUCAGGUUUUUAGCCGGCAGAACGAAAAAGAGAUCCUUGGCCGCGAACGCAGUCGCGACUGAACAAAAGGCUAGCAAAGUUCUGGGACUGGUGUUUUUCACGUUCGUACUGUGUUGGGCACCGUUCUUCCUACUUAAUAUUUUCUUCGCCGCAUGUCCCAAAUGCCCUGUGCCAAGACACGUGGUGGAUACGUUCCUCUGGCUGGGCUAUGUGUCAUCGACAAUCAAUCCAAUCAUCUACACCAUUUUCAACAAGAUCUUCCGAACCGCCUUUAUUCGCUUGUUGAAAUGCAAGUGUUCGAGGGCUACGAGGCCUUCGAGAUAUCGCUCGGUCACUGGAAGCGGAAGGGGAGCAGUGGGCCUGUGCACAUCGGGUGCUCUUCCAUUGGCCAUCAGUCUUCAAGGUACACCGUUAUUAACACCAACACCAAAUCCUACAUUGACGCCAGCAUCAGGAAACUCAUUUGUCACGAUGAUGCACCGAACGCCAAGCUCUCUAUAUCAAGAUACCUUCUUGAUUCACGAAUGCGAUCAAGACGAUCAAUAAAUAGAUAAUCCACAAGAUCAACAUUGCAC